GGGGAAUUAGGUACCAGGUACCUACUAUUCUGCCGCUCCACACCCUCCUGUUCCGUCUCCCAUCUCAAACCUCAGACAACACAGCUUCAUAUAGCGGACAUCUAGUUGCCUACUUCUUACUUUCUAUCAACACACAACGCUUCCCACCUCCCGAUAUUUACUUAACGCCAUUGACUGGCAGACAGUCUUUUACCUUCUUGUCAACCUAGCACCCUGUUUCGAGGUUUAUCUUGUUCUAGUGUCACUCUUAUCACCUUAUUAUAACCCCUUUCCCGAGAAGAGAGACUGCAGCUCUCGCCCUCCACAUCCUCCCUCAUGGCUAACGACGAAUAUGAUUUCCUUUUCAAAGUGGUCCUUAUCGGAGACUCCGGCGUCGGCAAAUCCAACCUGCUGAGCCGAUUCACCCGCAAUGAAUUCAACCUCGAUUCAAAGUCCACCAUCGGUGUCGAGUUCGCAACCCGCUCUAUCCAGGUAGACGGCAAGACAAUCAAGGCUCAGAUUUGGGAUACCGCAGGCCAGGAACGAUACAGGGCCAUCACAUCUGCAUACUACCGUGGCGCAGUGGGUGCCCUCCUUGUAUAUGAUACCACUAAGGAACAGACCUUCGCAAACUGCGAGCGAUGGUUGAAAGAGUUACGGGAACAUGCCGACAAAAACAUUGUCAUUAUGCUCGUGGGAAACAAGAUCGAUCAGAAACAUGUGCGGGCUAUUAAAACUGAUCAAGGCGCUGAAUUUGCGGAGACAAGGAAGCUAUCCUUCAUCGAAACGUCUGCCCUCGACGCCACCAAUGUCGAGCUUGCUUUCCAAAAUAUUCUUACAGAAAUCUACCGCAUCGUUUCCAGUAAAGCGCUCGAAAACGGUACCUCAGGGCAGAACCCUCUAGGCGACCGCAAGGUUGUAGAAAUCACGAAGUCGCAGGAUGCAGACGCAAAGCAAAAGUGCUGCUAAAAAAAAGUAUAACACAGGGGUUCUAGAUCACCACUCUAGAAGCAUUCGCCUGGACAAGGCGCUUGCUCCCAGUGAAAGACUAGGUGGUUGUGGCGAGAUUUAGAUAUGACUGAGGUUUUUUUGUUUUUUUGUUUUUUUUUUGUAACGUUUGGGUCUUGGUCUGGACUGGACGUAUGGCGACUUCGCUUGUUAUUUAUCUUCUUUUUCUUUUCCCCCUUCUACUUCACCCUUUUUUCUCCGACCCUUUUUUCUCCGGUCGUCAAGGUCGAUCUAAACCUGAAGAACCGUCCCGUUGUGUUUCUGUAUGUGUCAUGUCAUGCCCCAUGCCGUGUCCUCUAUUUACCUGCCCCGCAUGUUUUUAUUCAUUUUCGCCUUGUCCGCCAAUUAAAGCUUCUUUUCACUGUCAUUCUACGGCCUAGGGAGAGCAGCAUGGUGAUGUGAGAAGAAAAAAAAGACAAUGGCUAAGGUGGAAUGUAAUUGAGCAUGGAAAGAGGGAUAAUCUGAAGACCCGAUGGAGUUCGAUGAGGAUAUCCCCGAUUUCCAGAAGUGAAUGUUUACGGCCACACGGGAUCAAUGAUUUGUGGAGUUGCCCGUUGGCCCUCUUUUUUUUUUUUUUUUUUUUUUUUUUUUUUUUUUUUUUUUCUGGCCUUCCUCGUCCUUCCUCUUCAUCAUCAUUUUCUCCCUUCUUCUAACUGUUUUGGGCUUUUUACUUCAUCAGUUUACUUGACAAUCUUCUUGCAUCCCCCAUUCCUUUCUUUUUGACCCCCAGUUUUUGUCGUCUCUAUACUCGCCUUUUUUUUUUUUUUUUUUCACCUUCACAUUCUUUACGAUCCAUCAUCCUCCUUUCUCCCGUGGCUGUUAAUUAUUAAUUAUUCUUGCAAAUAUAAACUAAAUUUCUAUUGUUUGUUCUAUCUCUUGCCCCUCUUUCUAACUUUUGUUACUUGGUGUGUGUUAUGUUUUAUACUCCGUAGUGUGAGUUAAACUAUCGCUGGAAUCGUGUUCCCAGCCCU